AUGUUAUUAACCAAAAUCAGAGUUGCUUGUAGCUUUUCCGGAAUUUAUAGACCGCUUCGUAGACAGCAUCUAAUAUGCACUAAACAGAUUUUGCCAACUGGGUCUUCGCAAGAAAAUGAUGAUCGGUCUUUUGAAAUAUAUCCGAUAUUUUCUGAGGAUUUGAAUUUGAAUUUAAUCCAGUACCUAAGUGCAGAAGGACUAUUGGAACUUUUGAUGGUUUCUCAACGCGUUCAUAUUCAUAUUUUUGCAGUUUUCUACGGAUCUUCCGAAACAUAA